AUGGGAUUUUUCUUAUAAUCGAUUUAUCUAAACCAUAUACUAAAUCAAAUUUCCAAAAGAAAAUAAAAAUUAAAUACAAUAUAUUUUGGAUGGAGCAUACUGAGAUGCCAAAAUAUUCUAGACAUCCAAGAGGAACCUUAAAAAUUGAAUAAUUUAGAGUAGAUUAAAUAUCUAAAUUGGGUUGUAGAGUGCGGAUAAAAUAAAAAAAGAAUUGGGAGAUGGGUAGCAACAUGGAACGGAGAGGUUCUAUAAGAGGUAGGUGGAAAAUACAAAAAUGGAGAAAAAUAAGGUUUUUGGAAAGAGCCAAUAUCAAAUUAUUGGGCUAAAGCCAAAGCCUUUGAAAUAGGAGAAUACAUUAAUAAUGUAAAGAGGGGAUUUUGGAUGUUUAUAUAUAAAGAUUAAGAGAUAGGAGGAGGGGAAUAUAAUUAAUAUGGAGAAAAGAAUGGAGAAUGGAUAGAGUUAAGUGAGGGCUUUUGUAACGAUUCUUAAGUAACUUAUAAAGGGCAAUAUAAAAAUGGGAUAAAAAUUGAUAAGUGGAAAACUUUUAUGGUUCACAAUGGAAAUAAAAAAAUGAUUGGUGGGGGAUCAUAUGACAACCUUGGAGUUAAAUAUGGGCAAUGGAUUGAUAUUAGUAAAGAAUUUUAAGCUGAUUAAUUCAUAACUUAUAAAGGUUAAUAUUAAAACGGUCGAAGAGUUGGUCAAUGGAAUAUUUUCUAUAGCGAAUAUAAUUUAUAGGAUGAUUUGAUAGAUGAAUUAAUUGGAGGUGGAUUGUAUGAUAAAGAUGCUAAAGGACUUAAAAUUGGGUAAUGGACUGAUAUUAGCAAAGGAUUUAACAAUAAUUCGUAUGUAACCUAUCAUGGUUAAUACAUAAUUGGUCAAAAAGUUGGUAGAUGGAAUACUUACUAUAGGAGAUCAAAGAAAAAGUAAGAUGAAUUAAUGUAAAAUUUAUAUUCCAUUACUAUCAAUAGUGGUGGGGGAUUAUAUGAUGAAAAUGGGAGCGGCAAGAAGAUUGAAAACUGGAUUGAACUUGCGGAUUGUUUUAAAGAUCUUUCGUAAGUAAUUUAUGAAGGGUAAUACAUAAAUGGAAAAAAAAUUGGCAGAUGGGAAAUUAAAUAUAGAUCAGAUGAUUUGCAUGUUUUUGAGAGAAUUGGAGGGGGACAGUAUGAUGAAGUAAAUCUUGGAAUGAAGGUUGGUAAUUGGAUUGAAAUUAGCAAUGAAUUCAAUCGCACUUCAUAAGUUAUGUAUUAUGUUACAUAUAAAAAUGGUAAAAAAGUUGGGGAGUGUAAAAUUAUGUACAAGUAUGAUGCUUCAGAUCUACCUUCAUUAAUUGGAGGAGGAUGUUACAAUGAAAAAGGAAACAAAAUCGGGUAAUGGGCAGAUAUUUUUAUUGGAUUUAAAGAUUAAUUAUAGAUAAUUUAAUAAGGUAAAUACAAAAAUGGAAAAAAAAUUGGUAGUUGGAUUAUUAUAUAGAUGUUAAACAAUGAUUCAAAAAAUGAAGAGAUUGGAGGUGGAUCAUAUGAUUAAGAAGGUGAAGGUAUUAAGAUUGGUAAAUGGGUUGAGAUAUGCGAAGGAUAUUCAACUUAAGCUUAGAUAAUUUAUGAUGGUGAGUAUAAGAAUGGUAAAAAAGUUGCUAAAUGGAACAUUAAGCAUAGGAACUCUGCAGAUGAAUCAUUUGUAGAGAUGUAAGAAUUUUUAAUUAAAACCAUAUGUUUAAGUGGGGGUGGUGCUUAUGAUGAAUAAGGUAUUAAGGUUGGUAACUGGAAGGAAAUUAGUGAUGAAUUUAAAAAUUCCUCAUAAAUUAUCUGGAAUGGCCAUUAUGAAGAUGGGAGAAAAAAAGGGAAUUGGGAAAUUUUGUAUUAAAGAAAAAGCAAAACUAAUUAUUAAAAGAUUGGAGGUGGUUUGUAUGAUUACUAAAAUUACUGUCUAAUGCAUGGCCAGUGGAUAUAAAUUAGCGAAGGAUUCUCGAAUUCUUCUUAGUUGAUUCAUAAAGGUGAAUAUAAAAAUGGGCAAAAAGUUGGUAAAUGGGAGACUUAAUUUAGAGAGUAUGUAGAUCAACCAUUUUAAUCGAUUGGUUUUGGAUGUUACGAAUAAAGGAAUGGCAUUAAGAAUGGAAAUUGGACUGAACCUUCUUGGAGAUUUUGGGAUGAAACAUAAAUUAUUUAUGAGGGCGAAUAUUAUAAUGAUAAAAAGAUUGGCUUAUGGAUGGAAAAGAAGAGAGAAAAAGGAAAUGUGGACAGUUUUCGAAAUUAAAGAGAAAUAGUCUAUGAUCAUAAUGAUGAUUGA